UACGUACGUCUGUAUGACUUCAUGUUCAAUGUUGGAAAGAGCAUUGAACGAUAUUGUACCUACAAUGUGUAGCAUCUACUUACAUACAUCAAGAUGGCGCUAGGGUACGAGGUAGACAUAGUUAACUAAACUCCACUCUACUACCCUGACGGCCCCUCGCAGAUUCUUCUACAGUGAAUCUACACAUCAAAUGUACCUAACCUAAGGGUACCCUACAUAGGUCACUAGGUUAGGUGGGUUUUAAAGAGCUACCACUUCUAGAUUCUACCUACUCUCACCGCCUCAAUUCAUUCCCUGAAAUUAAACACAGCUUGUCCAGUUCGCGUCACUUUAAACUGCUACUGUAUAAACACAGGCUGAUGACUACAUAUUUCUCCUCGUCAUAUGCAAUUGAUACUUACUUAGUAAUAUCCAAGUCGGGUUUCGCCCAUACCUGGGCAUCUUCAACCGACUAUGGUAUCUCCUCCUUGGGCAGAGGCUGCGAGCCAUGAACAAUACUUUGUUCUUCUAACAGGAGCUAACAGUGGUGUCGGUCUUGGUAUCGGUCAACGAAUCAUCGAUGAAUUCCUCACUUCGCGAUCUCUAUCCUCACACUUGAUCCUCAUACCCACGACCCGUUCUGUGAAUAAGUCCCGAGACACCAUCCUCUCCUUACGCGCCCACCUACAGAAGGCUGCCAAUACCUCCAAAAAACUUCGAGCCCGUUCAGGUCCUGCAUACGACCCUCAAACCGUCAUAUCGCGAGUCCAUAUUCUCAGUGUUCAGCUCGACCUCUGCAGCCCUCGUUCGAUAUAUCAAGUUGCCGAACAAUUAGUUCAUGGCCAAGUUCACGAUCCAACUGGACUGAUAGACGAUGUCCAGAUACCGCGCAUUGACGCGGCACUGUUCAACGCUGGCAUUGGUGGUUGGUCUGGCAUAAAUUGGCUCGGGCUGUUAAGACAAUUUCUCUUGAGAGGCCUCGUACAAAGCUGUACUUUUCCUUCCUUUAAGAUAGCUUUACCUGCUGCGGUGCUAGAUCAGCGGAGACUGCUGGGGAGCUCGGUACAGAAGAUGGAAAGGGAGCCACCUGAGCUAGCAGAGGUCUUCUGCGCCAAUGUAUUUGGGCAUUAUCUUCUUGCCCACGAGCUACUACCGAUUAUGGCCCGCUCAGACCCGAACGAACCUCCCGGCCGAAUUAUCUGGACAAGCAGCAUAGAUGCUGGACAAGAUCAUUUGAGUUUCGAAGACUUCCAAGCACGGCGCAAAAAGCCACCCUAUGAGAGUAGCAAGCGCAUAACGGAUCUUAUAUGUUUGACAGCCGACCUACCGAGUGUACAGAAGGUAUCUGCCUCCUACUUCGACUCCCCUGCCGUCGCCGACAAGCCGAUCAAGCCUCGCUUUUAUCUUUCCCACCCCGGCAUUGUCUGCACCCCGCUAUUUCCUCUCAACUGGUUUCUGUUCUGGGCCUACACCUUUGCCAUGUAUCUUGCGCGCUGGCUCGGCUCCCCUUGGCACCCUGUCGAGCCGUACUUGGGCGCCUGUGCCACAUCUUGGCUCGCCCUCGCCGACCAAGAGACCCUGGACUCCCUGCGCGCCGAGCAUGUUAAAUGGGGUGCGAGCACAUCGCGACUUGGCCGUGCCGCGCCCAAGAAGACCGAGGUCGAGGGCUGGGGCUGGGAAGGCAAAGUCGAAGACGGCAAAACGUGGAAGGAAGACCCCACUGCCGCCAUACCCGAUAUGCACGGAAGAAAGUGGAACGCCGUCGAUUUGACCGAGGACCAGCGCAUCCAGUUCGAGGACGACGGACGAAAAUGCUGGACCGAGUUAGAGAAGCUACGGACAGCGUGGGAACUUGCGCUUAAAAAGGGAGACGCGGCGUUGAAUCAGAAUGGACAUUAAUUAUGGGAUCAGCACUCUUUCUGAGAACCAAGGAGGGCUUUUCUUAUGAUGGAUCGAUCAUAUUGACCUUUAGCAUUUUGCAUGGCGCACAUCUGCGGAUAUCACGAUAUCACUUUGCUUUGCUCAUUUAGGUAGGCUUGACUUUCGAUUUUCGAUGUACAUGUCGCAUAUCGAAGUACCUACCUACCUGCCUAUCCAACGAGGAUAGGUAGAUAUGUAGUAGAUGGCUACGUAUAUACCUAUAUAUAUACUAGGUAGUUCAUUGAUCUACCACCUCAGCUGGUAGCCAUGAGGUACCUCUCUGACAGACAUCAUGGAUGUCAUAAUAAUGCAACAAAUGCCCUCAACAGCAGUAGUGGCAGAAGCAACACAGACAGUUAUGCGAUACCAAUAUGAUAGUAAUACCACAAAGAAUACCUCAGUUGGGUAUCUAUGUCUAGAACCCCAACAUCCCAAGUCGCAAGAUUAAAAAUUUAAGAGUGUAUGAGGUAGACACGUAAGUAUAAGGAGUGUAGCAAGCAGUAAUAAAUAUAGUUCUGCGG